AUGCCAUUCGGAUUGGCAAAUGCUCCAUCUAUAUUUCAAAGGACAAUGAAUAAAAUACUCGCAGAAGCUAAAAUAAAAUAUGCUUUAAUUUAUAUGGAUGAUGUUUUAAUUCCAGCUAAGUCUUAUUCUGAAGGAAUAAGUAGGUUGCGUGAGGUUCUAAGUUUACUACAGAAGGGGGGGCUUACCUUAAAAUUAAGCAAAUGCCAUUUCUUUUAUGAUAAAAUUGAUUUCUUAGGGUUUGAAGUUAGUGCGAACGGUAUAAGACCGGGCUAUCAAAAAACAUUAGCUAUUUCAGAAUUUCCAAAACCAAAAAAUAUACAUGAUAUUAGACGAUUUAUCGGUUUGACAAGUUUUUUUAGAAGGUUUAUAAAAAAUUUCGCGAUUAUUGCUAGGCCGUUAACUGACUUACUUAAGAAAAAUUUUUCAUGGAAUUGGACAGAUCAACAAGAAAAUUCAUUUAUUACAUUAAAAAGUAAAUUAGUGGAAAGACCUAUAUUGGCACUCUAUGAUCAAAAGCUUGAAACUGAAUUGCAUACAGAUGCGUCUAAAAUAGGUAUAGCUGGAAUCUUAUUGCAAAAAGGGGCUGAUAAUUUGUUACGACCCGUUGCUUAUUAUAGUCGAAAAAAUACUAGUGAAGAACAAAGGAUGCAUUCAUUCGAACAAGAGACACUUGCGGUAAUAUCUUCAUUAAACAGGUUUAGAGUAUAUUUAUUAGGCAUAAAAUUUAAAAUUGUAACAGACUGUAGUGCCUUGCGUACAACAUUUACAAAACGUGAUCUUAUUCCACGUAUAGCGAGGUGGUGGAUUCAAUUUCAAGAGUUUGAUUGUGAAAUUGAAUAUCGACCAGGGAAUAAAAUGGGCCAUGUCGAUGCGCUUAGUAGGGGUCCUGUUAAUGAUUCUAAUCCGGAUACUGACUUACAAAUAUUAGACGUAUUAAAUUUCACCACUGAAGAUUGGAUAGCUACUAUACAGAAUAAUGAUGAGGAAAUUAAGAGAAUAAAGGAAAUACUGGAAUCAAAAAAUACUAAAGAUACCGUUGAUAUAUAUAAC